UGAGGAGAGCGGGGCUAUAAAAGCAGCCUGUGUGAGAGCGCAGCGGCUCGGAGAGAGAGGACUGUAGCAGGCGGCCGGAGCGCAGCACACAUACCUGGGAACCACACACAGACCCGCACAGCGCAGCCAUGAGUGAGAGACAAGCAUCUGGAGCAAUGACUGGAAACAGCAAACCAUCUGCUGGCCAAGGGCUUCAAGGUCAACAAAAGAUUCCAGCUAAACAUGAGAAGAAGGAUAACCUCCCAGAAGACUUUGACAUCGACAUGGAGAACCCGGAGACUGAGAAGGCCGCCGUGGCCAUCCAGUCGCAGUUCAGGAAAUUCCAGAAAAAGAAGCAGGAUGUGAAGUCUUAGAGCGGAGCACUGUCAGCUGCGUCGCCACUCGAUGUGGGCCCAGUCUUGCAUGUCAAUCAAACUGCACCGUCAUGAACUGAAAAGGAAGGGUAGGGGUGGGAUUCCUGAAGGUGGGGGUCGGGGGGUGGGGUGGUCUGGGGCUAAAUAGUAUCUUUGUGAAAGUGUGUGUGUGUAAUUAUUAACUAUUAUAUACAAAAAUGAUACUUGAUCAAAUUCUGGGUGUAUGUAUUUAAAUCUUUUCUGUAAUUUUGCUAUUUCUGUUUUUUACUUCAAUGACAGUGUAGCCGCAGUAGAGCUUAAAGUUUGAGUAGUUUUUUUUAUGUCACACUCAGUGUAAUAUACCCAUGUUAACAGAAAACUAAAAUAAGUCUCAUAAAUUGUCAAACAACAAUUAUCUUUAAUUCAGGGGGAAUAUAAAGCCACAUGCAUUGCUGUGAUUGACACUUAAACGUGGGUCAUGAUUUCAUUGACAGUCUUUGCAAGGCGUCAUAAUCAAAAGAUGUUUCAGCUCUGCUGGAGGUCUGGUAAUGGCAUUUCCCUCUGGCUGGGUAAAAUGAUCCCAUACAGCUGCCAGCGCUAUCACGCCAUACGACUGUUGCUUUUAAAAUCAAAUCAAUGUCUAAUUUGUAUUUCGAAGUCGGAGGUCUCCCCUCCAUCGUGUCUUUGCAUCCGCUGAGAUGAACCUCUCUGAGCUGUGUGUCUUUGACUGUAGAUGUUGUGCUUGUGAUUUGUGUUUCUUUCCUUAACGUGAUUUAAAUGUCAUUGUUCAGUUGGCUCACACAUGUAUACUGUACAAGCACACGCAAUUAUGCAUGCAAGCCUGCACACACACACACACACACACACACACACACACACACACACACACACACACACACACACACACACACACACACACACAUUCAUAUACGUAUACAAAGAAAUAAAGACGUUGGAAAGAA